AUGACAUCCGUUUCACAAUACAGGAGGAUUGAAGUUAUUGGCAGGGGCAAGUUUGGAGUCGUCUACAAGGCGUACCACAAACAAACCAGACAGGUAUAUGCCAUCAAAGUGCUCAAUCUAGACAAUGAGGACGACGAGAUCAAGGACGUGCAGCAGGAGAUCCAGUUUCUUUCCGAGCUCAAGCAUGUGCCCAACAUCACCCACUACUACGGGUCCAUACUACAAGACACAAAGCUAUGGAUCUUGAUGGACUACUGUUCAGGGGGCUCGCUUCGGUCGCUUUUGAAGCCAGGGGUCAUGGAAGAGCGAUACGUGGCGGUGAUCACGAGAGAGUUGCUAUACGCUUUGGUUGACGUGCACAAGCUGGGCGUGAUCCAUCGCGAUCUCAAGGCGGCAAACGUGCUCCUCAACAAGGACGGCACCAUUCGAUUAUGUGACUUUGGAGUAGCGGCCAAGCUCACUUCAAACUCCCUGAAACGGACAACGAUGGCGGGAACGCCGUACUGGAUGGCGCCCGAAGUCAUCAAAUCUGGAGAAGCCUACAACAGCAAGGCCGAUAUCUGGUCCCUAGGUAUUACCAUCUACGAGUUGUCCACGGGCAAUCCUCCUUACGGCGACAAAGAUGCCUCUUGGGCCAUGCAGCUCAUUGCAAAAGCCACGCCUCCGAGGUUAGAGGGGAGGGAAUACUCGCCAGCGUUGAAGGAAUGUGUUGCGUUGUGCCUUGAUGAGAAUACCGAAGAAAGGCCGACUGCUGAAGAUUUAUUCAAAUGCAAACUCAUGAAAAUAUACAAGAAUCAUCCUACAAGUAUAUUGAAGGAAGUGAUAUCGAGAUACUUGGUUUGGAGAGAGCGCAAUUCUUCGCGAGACUCGGUGUUUAUCAAUUUGGAAAACGAGCUGGAGGACGAUGUCGAUGAUGUUGUUCAACAAAAGCUUCCUGGCUUCAACGACUAUGGCGUUGGGAAUGAUGACGACCAGAACCAGGUGAAGUGGGACUUUGAUUCUCUUGAAUCGAAGGAGUACAUGAUGGAAAACGACAUUGACUUGGACAAGAUUGACUGCAAUACAAAUUACGACACUCAAAACAUUAACAAUAAUAACAAUGACGACGACUACUACUACAACAACAACUACAACAACAACACUGUGUACUCUACAUUACCGACAUUGAAGGUGGCCGUGCCACCGUCGCGAGGAAACUCUUCGGCAACAUUGAAUCAACAACAACAACAACAACAACAACAACAACAACAACAACAACAGCUGUUACUGCUGCUGCUGCAAGUCCCCGUUGCAAAAUCCACCAUGGAUGUGCCAAGAUCUCUCAAGAUGUUGUUUGAGGAUCCAGAGGAAAAAAGAGUUGACCAUUCCACUUUGAUAGCUCCCACGAUGUACACAGCCAGCAACAACGACUUGGGCUCCCCAACUAUUGAGAUUCCCGAUAUGGACAAGCUUUCAAGCUUUCCCUCGGCAUCGACACUAAUGACCAAUUCUCACCACCCUAUUUUGAAUAAACCUCCAGCCCUCCACCAUACACAGUCUGCUGCGGGCAAGUUGGAAAACCGUUUUACCCCAUCAAACACCUCUCCAAUUGAGACGAGACCCAGAAAAAAGACCAUUUCAAAUACAUUGGGGCACCCAACUUUGGGCUCGUCUCCAAAUGGAGCCUCGCCGCAAACACCAUCUUACAUCACCUCCACCUCCACCUCCACAAGCGUGCGUACGCCCUCGCCAAAGCCACCCAACAUGUCUGCGUUCCCCAACAUCUCUGGGUUGGUAACGAAAAGUGGCUCUCCUUCAAAGAUGAAGGCUUUGCAGGGGAAUAACAACCCAUUGUUGCAACCAAUCAACUUCAAAUCCACGCCCAGUGAGCAAAGCAAAAUUCCAGCUACUUCGUCGAAUAUAAUUCACCCUGCGGCACCAGCUCCGUCAAGUUUGAUUCUGCAGCAAUCGAUGCCAAACUUGUCGCAACAAAUGAUUUCAAACGUGCCCACAUCUUCCAAUUUCAAAUUAAGAAAGAAUAAGCCUGCGUUUAUCCAGAUGCCCACUCCUUCAAACACCAUGCACACGCUUUCUGGGCUCAUGAGCGACCAUCGAGACGACAAUGAAAACGUGAACCAAUUUGGCAUCAAUGCAGCGCAGGCAGCUCAGAUGCCGAUUUCAAUGACCCCGGUGACCGAGAAGGAGCCGCCUCAAUUUUCCACGAAAGCAGAGUCCCAAACUGAAAGGUCCAGUGGCUCGAAAGAAACGGCGGCGGCGGGAACUGCAGCGACAGCAACGGGAGCGACGGCCGCGGGGGCAACGGCCGCGGCGGUGCCUGUGAGCAGACCACACCAGAACAGCAUCCUGGCGCAGAAAAAGGCCCAGCCAUCGCCAUCCACGUCAACCUUGAACAUGGCUGUACCUAUGUAUCCAAACGUAACAGCUCCGACUCCAACGGCUGUUAAGCCUCCAGCGAUGGGUCUACAUCAAGUCAGUGGAAACCCCAACUCGGCGGGAGGUUCAUCCGCGACCACCACCACCACCUCCUCCUCUACCACUACGACGACUACAUUUCCUUCAAUACCGGUGAUUAAGGGUGACUUUUUUUCAGACUCUACUACGAGCAAGUCAAAGCUAAUCAGUGAGCUAGACUCUAUGAUCAAGCUUUUCAAUCGAGGCUUGGAGGCAUUGGAAGAGCGUUUAUAG